UCAUCUGGAGCCCUGCCUAGAUAAAUCCAGAACUGUAUUGCCAAUCACAUUUGGGGCAAGGAGACAGGCUGAAAGUGAAUGAUGUCAGAUUGAAAGGCAUUGGUGCCCUUUUGGUUGGCUACAGCCUUCCUCUCCUGAUCUCCUUCAAUGGUGACUGACCAUCUCUUACACAGCCAGGGAGCCAAACCACGGUAGGACCAGACCCGAUGGCCUCUCCCAGGACUAUAACAAUUGUAGCCCUCUCGGUAGCCUUGGGGCUCUUCUUCGUCUUUAUGGGGACCAUCAAACUGACCCCCAGGCUCAGCAGAGAUGCCUACAAUGAGAUGAAACGAGCCUACAAGAGCUAUAUCCGUGCAUUGCCCAUGCUUAAGAAGAUGGGGGUCAGCUCCAUCAUUCUCCGCAAGAGCAUUGGAGCCUUAGAGGUGGCCUGCGGUAUUGUCAUGACACUCGUCCCUGGACGCCCCAAGGACGUGGCUAACUUUCUGCUGCUGCUGCUUGUUCUGGCUGUGCUUUUCUUCCACCAGCUGGUGGGUGACCCACUCAAGCGCUAUGCCCAUGCCCUGGUCUUUGGGAUCCUGCUUACCUGCCGCUUGCUGAUCGCCCGUCAGCCUGAGGAGCAGUUGCCAGAGAAGAAGACCCUUUCGGUGAAUGGAGAGGAGCAGCCACCUCUUGCGGAGGCAGCCCCGGAAAAGGGAAAAAUCAAGGUGUCCUAGUGGGAAGCCUAUGAGGGACACAUGGGGACCCUCCAAGCAGCUCUCUCCAAAACCUGAAAAGAUUUGCAUUUCUUUUUCUUUUUGUGGUUUUUGUAAAGGGUUACCUUUUGGAGCAUGGGGAAAACCUUAAUCUGCCGGCUCCACAACAGCUUGGCUUGUGCACUCCAAACCUCUAGAGCUGCUCUCUCCUGUGUCCCACACACAUGUAGACAUGACUUAAUUUAAUGGUUCUAGAGGGGAAUAAAUGUACCAUGUGGUGUGUGCGUGCGUGUAUGUGAGUGAGUGAGAGAGACUGAACUGCUUAACUUGAACUGCCUCUGCAUCCGUCUGUAUUCUUCAGAGGCAAAAGGCAUGGGAAGUUCCAACCCUAUGCUUGCUCACCUUCCCAGUACUUUGCCCGUUUGCCUAGCAUCUAGCACUGGAGUGACAAACUUUUUUUUUUCCUGCUUCAAAUGAGCCAAGUGGUGCAUCCCACCCACCUAUCUCAGCAGAGAAUGCUGUAUACCCAAGAAUAAACCCAGCAGUCAUUCCCCAAACCCUUUCUACUCCCAAUUCUCACUGUCUGCUGCUGUCAAAAGAUCAGGGACUGCUCACUGUCUGCCUACACAUAAAACUGCUUUUUCAGCCAUCCAUUCACUCUAAAUAAGUGACAGGUUACUGUGGGUGGUUGAGGGCUUGAUGCUAAGAACAGGAUUCAUUUUCCACCCAACAUGGGAAUCUACUGAUGAGCCAAGACAUAGUCAGGUCCCUGUUAAGAAGCUGCUUCAAUUGUUUUAGUGUUGAGCUUGGAGGGCAAAUAAACAGAAAGGUUAAACUGUCCUGGGAAAUACGGUUUUUAAAUGGUAUGUUGCCUUUUUUGGUAUUGUCUGGUUUGCAUUCUCCACCUCCUCCUCCCUUUCUUUGCCCUCCCCAUUAAUUUAUAAAAAUAAACUUUUUGAAAUUUGAA